UUUUCCGCUUCGCCAUUUUGUGCUCCUGUUUCUACGCCGGGUAUUUAUCUGAAGAUUCGUGACUAGUCCAUUUACAUUGCUAGCUAGUUAGCUAGGUGGUCUUAAACGUUUCCCAGUUUACAGCGUAAGACAGUGGCCUUGGAUAGGUUUAGUAGCUAAGCCGUUAAGGGAAACAUAGCAAUAACCGUUUUGUAUUUAGUAUUUUUUUUUACUGUGUGAGAAAGAAUGUCGUCCGAAAGCCCCGAAUACUCUCCAUUCUUCGCAGUGAUGGGUGCCUCUGCGGCUAUGGUUUUCAGCGCCUUGGGAGCGGCCUACGGCACGGCUAAGAGUGGCACGGGGAUCGCUGCCAUGUCCGUGAUGAGGCCGGAGCUCAUCAUGAAGUCCAUCAUCCCCGUGGUCAUGGCGGGUAUCAUAGCCAUCUACGGCCUGGUCGUAGCCGUCCUCAUCGCCAACAACAUCUCAGAGAAGGUCACCCUCUACAAGAGUUUCCUCCACCUAGGUGCCGGCCUCAGUGUGGGGCUGAGUGGGCUGGCAGCCGGCUUUGCCAUCGGCAUCGUGGGCGACGCGGGCGUCAGGGGCACGGCCCAGCAGCCCCGGCUCUUCGUGGGCAUGAUCCUCAUCUUGAUCUUCGCAGAGGUCCUAGGGCUCUACGGCCUCAUCGUGGCCCUUAUCCUGUCCACGAAAUAGAACCACUGGCCUCUCCGCCCAAAUGUCCUUUAUGUUGCUGCUGGAGAAAAAAGUGUAAAACAGGAUAUAAAAAAAAAAGAAAAGUGACAUAAGUCAAAGAAAAAAAAACAAGUGACAAACGUGGAAAAUAAUUAUAUAAUUAAGAAUGGCUCCGUAAAUGGUCUUAUCUCUACAAUGUGUACAGUCGUCCCGAUUUGAUAGUCAAACUUGUAAAUGCGCAAUGUAGUGAUUCGUCUGUCUUGUGUGUGUGCGUGUGUGUGUUACAAUGUGUGAAGACCCCCUAACCACACUGAUUUUCCGGCCAGGCACGCCAGGUUUUCGGCAGGUCUCUGCCUCUGGUCCUAAAGAGCUGACCCUGGGCCACACUGCUUUGACUCCUCCAGCAUUGAUUUUGGAGUUCACACGAUUUCUGCAUUAAUGUCUAUGAGGAUCUAUUUGUAAAGACGGGAAAAAUAUAUAUAUAUGGACUUUUUUUUGUUGUUUUUUUCCACUGAUUUUAUUUAUAAAGAAUUGUUCGAUGAAUCUGUUUUAAAUGGAGCAUCUUUAAUUCCCCAUGAUAUAUAUACAGGCAUACAUCAGUAUCUAUAUAUGGAUAGAUUUAAUGCACCGUGGGUUACUUGUGAUAAGUGGUUGGAAUUCCUCUGGAUGUAUUACUUGGUUUAAAUUUAAGAUUGCCUUUAGUGUGUGGCCGGUUGAGUGGGACUUGUAUCAGUGUAUUUUAAUGAUAAAACAUUCUUGAGACACUUCAAUGUUUUCCUGUAGUACCGCUGUUUUAUUGCAUUAAACGUGUGUGUGCCCGGUGUUGGGUAUCACAAGUGUAAUUUCCAAAAUGUCAACUCUCCAGUUUCUUCAUUCUAAGUUCUGUGUGUAAAUGCAUUUUCGCCAUGCACCUUUUUCAUUAAAAGCAUGGACUCACGGUU